AUGAGGGGUAACCUUAUCGAGAAUAUCAGGGCACUAGGAAACAUUCUCUAUGCCGGAUUACGCAACUUGCAGUCCAAGUAUAACUGUAUUGGAGAUGUUCGCGGCCGACGCUUAAUGGCUGGUGUUAUUAUGUCAAACGGGGAAACAAAGGCAGCUGACGUCGAGCUUGGGAAACAGAUAGCAGAAAAUGUCUUCAAACGCGAUUUAUAG